GCGCGCAAACGUGUGCUGUGCCCGCUAUAUUCACUUUCACAUUCAGAUACAGAAAAACGCGGGAAACCUGCAUGAGAAAUCUUGCAUUUUCCUGUCAGUAAUAUAAUUGCCUUCGUGAAGUAUUAACCGCCGCAUUAUCGGACUGUUUACAAAUAGGAAUGAUGUGAAAACAAAAACAAAUCGACACAAUCAAUUGCAUCGAGAGCCGGUUUUGAAAAAUCAACAAAUAGCGCACGCGAACUCGCUCGUUAUUUUUUCUUCUUUUCUUUCCUUAUCUUUACUCUUUCGCCUUCGACAGUUUUCUUUGGAGCUCUUGAGUUGGAGUAAAUUCGUGUAAAUUUAAUUCUUUCCUAAUCAACAGUGCAGUGUUAGUUUAGUGGAUAUUUUGUGUGGACGUACUAUUGACGAGUGCGUUCUCAGCUUCUAAAGGUUUUAUUGAUAUAAUAUGGGUGUUAUUUGGAGAACCGCCAUGCCUUUGUUGAGCACGCUUGCCGCGCUUAUUAUCAUAGUACACUCAGCUGAGGAUGACUUGGAUGCCGAUUACCGAUACGAUUUGCGAUCGAGAGUUUUAGACACAGGGACGCCUAGUUACGAUCAGCCAUGGAGAGCUGUACAAUCCGAGUCAAUGUUACAUCAAUCUAAAACAACGAAUUGGGACAUGGCCUCAUCUGAUGAGUCUCAUAAACGCCGAAGACCUGGUCGAAAGCGAAAACGACGCCCCAUAGAAUUAGCUACAGAAGAGGCUAUAUUAGAAAAUAAAUAUGUCUACACUAAUGAACCGUCACCGUCUUUUCAUAAACCGAAAUAUAUUAACUCUUACGAAGUAACAGAUGCACCCAGGAGGAGACGUAAAAAAAUUAAUACAAGAAGCAAUCGUUGGACUGAUGAGUCUGUAGAUACAGAAAAACCUGUACGUAGAAGAGGAUAUAGAAGGAAACGACCGACUCUAGAAACGUGGCCUCAAUUAAGUGAGUUCUCUGGUCAUCGGACAGAUUCGUCUUCUAUAGAAAGUGAGAAACUAGAUGAAUCAGAUUUACAAAUGGAAAGUAACGUAUAUAGUAAAGAAGAUCGCGGAAGUCUGCCUUUCGUUAAAAGUAGAAUUGAAAAUGAUGAAAGCAGAAAUCUAAAGAUUUCUGAUAUCACGCCAGCAUCUGAAGAUCGCGAAGUAUUGGAAGUAGAUACCAAGGAUAAUGUACAGAAACCACAAAUGCUGGAAGAUAAAUCUUUAUCUGAAUUUUCUUCAGAAAUAUUUUCUGAGCCAAAAACAAAAGCAGAAGACGAAGUGGUAAGCAGGCAGAAAAAAAUUAAGGAAAAGGCACUGAACAUAAAAAAUGAUUUAGAUAAAUUACAGGAUGGCGGACCUAUUGAUCCACUUACUUUAAAAGAAAUAUUAAAAAGAUCAAAUGGAACAAGUUUAAGUGAAAUUUUACAACAACACAAUUUGUCUCUUGCUGAUUUACUUCAUGGAAAAGAAAAUGUUUUAUCGAUACUGAAAAAAGAUGCGUCCUCUUUGGAACAGGAAAACAGUCGGCCUGUCCUAGAUCUUGAAGCAGAUGUGCCUUUAAUUACGAAAGAUGAAACAGAAGAGAAUUUUAAAACAUUACCACCCAUUCAUGAUCGAACGGAAAAUGCAACUGUUAAUAGAAAUGUUUCGACUAUGAACCUAAUACAAAAUCUAAACAAUACUAAUAAGGAAAUAGAUUUAAAUCCUAUACAUCCCAAACAAGGAAUAAAUAUAAACGAAAAUAUCAAAAUUAGACAAAAUAGAACGCGAUUUAUGAACAGACGACGUUAUCCUUUAGGUAUUCGUAAGAAAUUACGAAUGAGACCAAUGGUAAACAGUACAUUUAAAAAUCAACUAAGUAGAGAUAUGAUGGCUUUAAAUGUAAAAAGGUAUUAUAACAGAAGAAAUGAUACUAAAUCUCAACAAUGGAAAGAGAUAGUACCAUUGAUAAAAAACGUUAGUAUAGACAAUGAAAUAGAUGAUAACACAGAAGCUAUAGAAACGACAACAGUAUUUAUAACAACUGAAGACACAACAACAGUAUUAGAUUCGGAAACGUAUCCUUCUACAGUUACUGAGGAUAUUAAUAUGAAUGUUAAUGAAAGCAAGAAUGCCAUUGAAAUAUCUAACAUAGAUAUGACAGAAUCUACUACGACAGAAAUAGGUACCACCGAAACUGUUACAGAUUAUAUCAUAACAGACAAACCGAUAACAACGCCAACCGUGCAAUUACUUAACGCUUCUACAAUAAGACGACAAGCGCAUAAUAAUAGACUAAAAAAGAAACGCUUAAAACAAAAGAUUUCAACAGUAACGACGCCUCGAGAUAGUAUAGUAAAAAGUAACAUCAGUACUGUUGAUACAUUUAUAUCAUCAGAAUUUAUCGCUAAAGCUAGACCAGAUUUAAACACUAUAGAUGAAAGGCAAAAUUUUGAAGUAUUAGAAGAUUUUCUAACCACAUCGUCUUCCAAAAACGUUGAAAACAAUGCUAUUUUAAAGGAAACUUUUUCGAGCAGGCCUUCAAUUUCUAGAGUUUCGUUAUCAAGUACUACAGAAGAAACAGCUAAAUUUGAAAUUGAAGAAAUAUUAAAUGAUACUCGCACUAGCGCGAGACUGUCGAAAAUAUUAAUGGAAAGAAAUAUGACUUUGAGUGAACUUGUAGAACACAGAGAACGAGGAUCAAGUCAUGUUCAUUUGGCAGAUAUAUUUCAUAAUGCAUCCAGAGAACCGAACCCUCCUGAGCCUUUCCUCUCUAAAUCUCUUAUAGAACCAAUAUCAAAAGAGACAUAUCCAUUGAGAGCUUUAUUAGAUGCUAAUUUGCAUGAUCCUGUAACUAAAGUCACUACAACAGUUCCUUUACAAUUACAGGAAAAAUAUAUGAAUAUACCUGUAGUCAUGAAUUUCGGUAAUAAUGUCAAUGAGAAUGCAGAAAAUAUGGGUAUAAUGUCAUUAUUUAACAAUUUUACAAGUAAUGAUACAAAUACAGUAAGUAAAGUUUUACAAAAAGAUUCACAAGGGGCACUAUACGAAUCAUCUGUAACAACUAUAAAUUCCACAAAUAUAAAUGAUGGAGUAAGGGAAGGACGUUUAUUAAACGAUAGCCAGGAUUUAAUGAAUUGGAAAGAAAUAUUUUCAAUGAUAAGAAAAAUUGGUAGCAAUAAAACAGAAAAAAAUUUAGAUACUUACACAAAAGAAUUAUUGCCAUCAGAAACCUACAAGAAAAUCACAUUAAAAGAAGAUAUUGAUGGAGAUGGAUUGAUAGUUCUGGAAGAUUUGCAACAUCUUAGAGAUUUUGAUAGCCAUAUAGCACCUGAUUCCAAUGAGAAUCUGCAAGUGAAUUCUUAUGAAGAAACAGAUGUGCCUACAAAGCCAGGUAUCUUAGAUAAAAUACCCUAUAACACAAAGUCGGUCACAGUUGCUAUCGCGAGUAUCGUAGGUCUUGCAACAAUUUUGUUUUUGUUAACAUAUGCUACGUUUAAGUGGCGACAACAGAGGAAAAGACAUAAAAGGCGUAGUUUUUGUGACGGACGUAUCCCCACUCCUGUUUUUGAAAAUAGAAAAGGCAAUAAAAAUAACAGCAGUACACGAAGUAUCAGUCCAAUGCUCUCAUCUUCUAACAUUUAUACAAUGAAUACAGUAGAUUCACAUCACGGAAAGGAUUCUCCCGAAUACAUGUGGGAUACAUUAAGAAAACCAUUUCAAUAAUUAAAGUAUUAGACUGAGCUUGUAAGUAUAAGGGUUUGUAAUACAGUAAUUCAGAAUUAAUAAGGGCCUUUUUCACAAUUAGUAAUUAUAUUAAUAAUUAUGACAUAAAAUGUGAAAAAGACUUUUUGUAUUGAUUUAACGUAAUUUUAACCUAGUGACCUGAUUUUAAUAUAUUUAAGGCAAAUGAAGUAAGAUCAUAUAUGUUGGUUUUCUUUUAUAUUUAUCUAUAAAUUAUGAUAAUAUUAAUAAGCUAAAACAAACUUGAUCUAUUAUAUUUUAUUUGACAUAUACUAAAUUUGCGUCUUCAGUAUUACGUGAAUGUAAUGUGAGAUAUCAUAUAUAAAUUCUGUGUGAUUUCAAAUUCCAUAGCUCCUAUUUAGGAUAAAAUAAAAGUAAUUCUUUUAUG